GCCGGCGGCUGAUCAGUCGAGUAGCUGACGUUACGACCGUUCGGACCGGUUUACGGUUUCGCGGUUUCGAAAAACUGCGGUGAAAGUUUUAGCUUUUUUCUUCCUCCGAGAACGUCGCUGAUACUAUUCUGCCGCUCGCUUCUUAUCGCGGUUUUUUUGACAGUUUCCUACAUCUCGUUCGUUUCGAUUGUCAAGCAAAAAAAUCGUUCUGUCUCGCGAAGGGAUAGACGACGAGGACAUCCGUACCGUCGUGUUUCGUCCACCGCUGGACGUUCUCGCGAAAUCAUGGAGGUCCUGCCGUGUCCUGUCAACGUGGACUUCAGCAACACCAGAGCUGGAAGCGCGACGGACGAAUUGGACGGUGCUUGCCAGGCGCUGGCAAAGAGGCUGGAAGUCGAGCUUAGAAGAGCUAAACACGCCCAGUUGGCCUGCGGCGAGGUCCUCCUACCGGCCAAUUUGCUGCCUAAGGUAGCCAAAGAUGUACUUACUAUGGCAGAGAACGAGCCCUGUGGCCUUAGAGGCUGCACGCUAUUCAUUAGCUUCGAGACGGACAGCAUGUGUCGCAAACUGUCGAAAAUACAGUGCGAUCCGAAUGCUGUGUCGACGUUCGAGCUCUAUCUCACAUUGAAGCAGGAUCACACGUCCUGGCACAUGCUGCUACCUCAAUUCUUAAAAAAUCUCACGCGUGGAGGUACCAUCAUGAUCAGUAGGGAAUUCACUCUGGAGAAGAAAAAACUCUACAGAUCCUACCAACAAUCUCAUUGAAGAGCUUCGAGAUCACAAACGUUUUGCACGUUUUUCAUCCGUUUUUUUGCAUGUGCGUUAAACGGAUGCAGCCAUUUUUGUCAGUUUGCCAAUUCGCCCUACGGGCGAAUGUCAACUGAAUUUGUACAAUAUCGCAAAACCAGGGAAAGAAGAGAUUCUAAGGAUGACGGACGCAACAAUGCAGAGCAGAGGUUAGACUUUUGGCAUUGUAAUGACACGUGAUCGCGAGGUGUUUUGCGUUCAACCCUUUAACUGGAAAAAAUAUGUUUUGAUUUUCCAUCCAAAGUAACUUUAGAGAGAAGCUUACUCUCUCUCUCUCUAAUUUGGGUGGAGAAUCGUUUCGCUUUAUGCUUUAAUUUUAGUUGCAAAGAACGCGACUGUCUUUCGAAAAAUUAGACCUCGUGUCUAAUAUGAUUUAAUAAUUCAAAAAUCUUGACAACUAGAAGUUAAAGAAACCAGAAUUUAAACAACUAGUGAUUUCAGAAUCUAGUUUUUGAAAGAGUUUAAUAUAUUUUUUGAGUUAUACAGGAAUUCUAAAAACUGCAAGAACGAUUUUCAUUGUUAAGCAGCGAACCGGUUAAAAGGUUUAACGACGAUAUCGCUCUUUGUUUUGUCCGCUGUCACCUUGCAAUAUUAUAUCCAAGGAGAAGAGAGGCCUAUGCGUAUGAUAAUUGUGAUAGUGCGAGAUAAAUUCUAUAUAGUAGCAGCAGCAGCAGAUCUUGUCGCGAGAAGAGGUUCUCGCGUUUUCGUUCUCGAAGGAGAGACAUGUGAUUAUAAGACUUGUAACAAAUUUCACGUGAUAUGUAGCGAAUAUAAUUAGUUUUAGAGAGAGAGAGAGAGAGAGAGAGAGAGAGAGAGAGAGAGAGAGAGAAAGAA